UAAAAUUUCUCCGGAGAACGCGCGCGAGUAUCGAAACAAAUUUUCGCAUUACCCAGUGGUCUUUCUUCGGCUCUACCUCCAAUCUUCAAGAGAAACACAGAAAAAAAAAACAAAACAGUGCAACCGAAAAAAAGGAAACCGUCCGUGGAAAAAGCUCUCACAAUUUCCGCGUGUCGUUGAGAAAAAGUAGAAAAUCCAGUAAGCCUAGACUCAAGCAAGCGUCGGUGAUCUCCAGUUCGAUUCAGCAGCUCAUUGGUGUCAACUGGCCACGGAACUCUCGAACAGUAGUUUCGAUUAGCGGUCAGCAGUGCAGUUGGAAAUUUGCGCUUCGAGUAAGGUUUCCAAGAGUUCAUCGAUAAUCUCCAGACGCUGGGCAUCAUUUGUUGCGAAAGCAGCAACCACUCACUCUACCACUACACUUGAAAAUGAAAGUAACAUUAGUAGCGGUUUUGCUGAUUUGCAUUAGUGCAAUCGAGGGGCGAACGAAGGCGGAAAAGCGAAAGGAUUAUGAGUUUGACUAUGACACCGCGGCAGCUGGAGCACAAUACGGUGGAUCGUAUUCCCCCAAAUCGGGAUACAGUGCCGGAAGUGGACUGCGUUCGAUUGCGCAAGGUUCGGCCGAUCAGGCGGGUUCAGCCGUAGCGAAUCAACACGCGGCUGCCAAACAGGCUGCUUACGUUGCGCAGAACACGCUGGCUCAGGCGGCAGCACAAGCGGCCGCCACAGCACAAGCUGCUCUUCAUGGAAAACAAGUUUUGCUGCAAGGUCUGGAGCAGCAGAGCCUGGAAGCCCACCAGGCACUGGAUGCCGAGAUACAGCAGCUACAGCAGGCCAAACGAUCGGCAAAGGCGGCACAGCAUGCAGCCCAGCAAGCACUGAAUCACGUGCAGGUCUUAACGGCGGCUCUGAACAAUGCCCAGGUCGCUUCAGAGCAUGCCCAGCAAGCUGCCAGCGAAGCCGCAGCUGAACUCGCAUCCCAAACCCAGAUGGUUGGUUCCGCCAAGUCACGAGUAGAAUCGAUCGAGGAGCAACUCAACGCGGCCAGAGUGGACUUCGAGGCCACACAGGAAGCAGCACAUAAAGCGGCGGCAUCGGCACAGGAAGCACAGAACAACGCUGCCGAAGCGGCGGCACAUGCUGCCCUGACACACCGCAGCGGUAUAGCCGAACAUCAGAUUCAAGCUAAAUCAUUCUCAAAAGCUCAAAAUCCGCAACAAACUGGGGACGAGAUCAACAGCGCCGAAAACGAGGGACCAUCCAACCAUAAGUUUAAUGAGUUUAGACCGUCUCAACAGGGUUACAACUACCCUGGAUACUAGCUAAGAGGCCUCGGAUGGUUGAACGAACUCUCUAUGUUUUAAUAGAAGCGCGAAACAGUAGAAAACUUUAAAUAAGAAGAAAGGCUUGUGUAAGCAGAUUUCCAUCGAUGAUCACCGAAUAGCAUCGCUAUAUUACGCGGUGAACUUGAAGAGCGUUUGCGUCGGAACACAACACAAUCUUGGCGAAGCCGCUCGAACCGGACAAACGUGAAAUCGAAAGUUUUGCAUCGGACGCUUUUGUGGAGUAACAAGUACCAAUUAAGUUGCAGUAGUUGAUUUCAAUCUUUUUGAAACUGUCCUUCCUAGGCCGCCGGUUAUUCGUGGCAUGUAACUGAGUGUUACAGUAGGGUUGAGAUGCGACGUUUUCUUUUGUAUAUUUAUGACGUAACUCGUUGGCAGUCGAUUUCGCACCUAUAUCCGAUCUAGUGAAAUUCACGUAAAUUUAGUUUCUUACUCGAUAGAAAUUAAUUUAUUUAUUUCUAAAUUGUUGUUAACCAUUUCUGGUACUAAUUUAAACAUGUUUUUA